UGUGUGUGUGUGUGUGUGUCAGUUUGUUGUAUGAAUAUUGUUCGUUCCAUGUGGCUACAGAAUGCUGUCUAAAAGAAUAUCAACAGGCAUCUAUUUGCUCAAUACACAAUAUCUCCUGUCUGUCCCCAUAAUAGGACAGAUGAGGUAAGACAGUAAGUAUACAGUUGUUUUACUACAUAAACAUUCAGUGUCCGUUUUAAAUCUGUGACAUCUUCACAGAUUUAGAGCUGAGAAUAUUACUCAAUGGACAGAAAAGUAAUUGACACCGCUGUGUUGUCACUGAUCGAGCUCAUUUCAUGAUUUAUACAGUCGUUUUUGAACAUAUUUGGGGUUUUGAAUAUUGAACAAAACAGGGUAUUUGAAGUCAUUGACAUUGACCCUCAGAAGGUGUAACGAUUAUUUUUCUGACAUUUUAAAGAUGAUUAGAAAAAAGAAAAAGUGAAAGAUUAAUCUUUGACAUCUAUCUAAGUCUUUUCAAACUGGAAAAUUCCACUUUCAGAGUUUUAGAAAGUUAAAAACAGCUUCACUCUAACACCGCACCAGAAAUAGUCUCACAGGCAUUACAUGAUUAACUCUCCUUAUUACAGUAACAUUUUUCUGUCUGUUCCCGGUGGCUUUCAUUUUACAGUUGAGUGGGAGAGCUGAAGGGAGGGUAGCCUGUAUGUGUGUAUGUCAGUAUUUGUUCCUGUGUGUGUGUGUGUGUGUGUGUGUUCCUGUGUGUGUGUGUGUGUGUGUGUGUGCGUGCGUGUGCGUGUGCGUGUGUCACACCAGAACCCCAUCUCUGCUAAAUGCUGUUUUCGAACAUUAUAAUGUUGAUCUCAGCACAUGCCUGCUGGGCAGUGGAGCGAGCAGGUGAGAGAGAGAGAGAGACCAGCCUGACAUAGAGGGAGAGGGAGCGAGAGAGAAAGGGAGAGUGAACCGGGGUUCAGUCUAACAGGUGGCCUAUACAGUAAAUGAGCGGCUAAAAAGCGUCCAGUUGGAGCGAAUGCUGUGUUUCGAUUUGUUUUCGAUAUCCGACGCCGACGUGGCAGGUCUUCUAUAAAGACCUUGGUCUGCCGAGCGUUUUGAUGAAAAAGAGAAAUAUGUCGGAGUCUAGUCGACACCUCCACUCUCAUCCAUGUCCUCGUGUCCUCUUGUGUGUUCGUUUGAGUAGAGAGUUUAACCUCAGGCCUGUACUUUCUCCAUAGGCUAGAAAUCUUGAAGCAUGGGCGACUGGAGCUUUCUGGGGCGGCUGUUGGAGAACGCUCAGGAGCACUCAACGGUCAUCGGCAAAGUCUGGCUGACUGUCCUCUUCAUCUUCAGGAUCCUGGUGCUGGGGGCCGCAGCUGAAGAGGUCUGGGGCGAUGAGCAGUCCGACUUCACCUGCAACACCCAGCAGCCUGGUUGCGAGAACGUUUGCUACGACGAGGCCUUCCCCAUCUCGCACAUCCGCUUCUGGGUGCUGCAGAUCAUCUUCGUGUCCACACCAACUCUCAUCUACCUGGGCCAUGUGCUGCACAUCGUCCGCAUGGAGGAGAAGCGGAAAGAGAAGGAGGAGGAGACGCGCAAAGCAAACAGGUUCCAAGAGGAGAAAGAACUCCUUUAUAGAAAUGGUGGAGGAGGAGGAGGAGGAGGCGGCAAGAAGGAAAAGCCGCCAAUCAGGGACGAGCAUGGCAAAAUCCGUAUCAGAGGCGCGUUGCUGCGUACCUAUGUGUUCAACAUUAUUUUCAAGACCCUGUUUGAAGUGGGAUUCAUUUUGGGCCAGUAUUUCCUCUAUGGCUUCCAGCUGAGGCCCCUGUACAAGUGUGCACGUUGGCCCUGCCCCAACACCGUUGACUGCUUCAUAUCGAGGCCCACUGAAAAGACCAUUUUUAUUAUAUUUAUGCUUGUGGUGGCUUGCGUGUCUCUUUUGCUGAAUUUGUUAGAGAUCUAUCACCUUGGAUGGAAGAAAGUUAAACAGGGCAUGACAAAUGAGUUUGCCCCCGACCACGAGUCGCUGCGCCGUGUCGACAUUGCAGAGCCUGAGUGUUUGGCCUCGGCCUCCAGAACUGCCCCAUCCAGCCUCAGCUACCCUCCCAACUACACGGAUGUGACGGCGGGCAGCGGGGCGUUCUUACCGCCCAUGGGGCCGGCAGCUGUGCCCUCAGCGGCGGAGUUCAAGAUGGAUGACCUCCAGCAGGAGCAGUCCCUCCGCCAGCCUUCCCCCUCUUCCCACUACUACAUCACCAACAACAACAACCACAGGCUGGCCACACAGCAGAACUGGGCCAACCUGGCCACCGAGCAGCAGACUCGGGAGAUGAAGGCCACCUCAUCCUCCCCGUCUUCCUCUUCCUCCACCAGCACCAGCAACGAGCAGCAGCAGCAGCAGCCCGUCGACGCCGCGCUGCUCCUUCCCACCAGCAACAACACCAGCAACACCAACAUCACCAACACAACCGCUAAUGUCGCCUCCAGCAGCAGCAGCGCUGGCACUGUUUCCAACGCAGGCAGCUGGGGCGGGGGGAAGAGCGAGCAGGAGGAAGGCCACGUCACCACUACCACAGCGGAGAUGCACGAGCCCCCAGUAACGGUCAGUACAGACCCCCGGCGGCUCAGUCGGGCCAGCAAGAGCAGCAGCAUCAGGGCCAGACCAAGUGACCUGGCUGUCUGAAUCUCUUCAGCCCUCUCAUGUCCCUAAACCCUCCCAGACCAACACCCCGCUUCCCCAACCCCACCCCACACACGGUGAUUCUCAGACAAAAAAAAAUAAAAAUCACAGGCAUGCAUAAAGCAAAAAAAAAAAAAAAAAAAAGCAAAAAAACAAAAAAGACAAACAAAAAAACCCAGAAGAAGGCAAGGUGACAAGAGACAGGACAGCAGGAGAGCAGGACAGCGUGAACUUGACUUGAUCAGGAGCAGUUGUUUAUUCAGUGCAAUCGGUGAGUUGUAAAGUAGUUGAGGCAAGGUUUGUGUUUUUGGUUGGUCUUAAUUUAUGCGCACAAAAUGUGAUCAUGCAGUGCUAUAAAGUGGGAAGGCUCCGCUCGCAGCGGUGGAUGGAGCGAAGGACCUUGUGAUGUCACAAUUUUGCUUCAAAAUGGACACAUCUCGCCAACGUGUUCAGUUUGGGGGAAGAUCUCAUGGUGUUACCCUAUCCUAUCUUUUUUCUUCUUUUUGUUCUGCCUAAAGGACUCAUUAUUCCAAAUGAAGAGGAUCAUUUGUUAAAACAAUGACUGAAUAUUCUUUUUAUUUCACCUGGAGGAAGCAGUGGUAGCUGGCGGUGUUGUACAGAUCAGUUACAGCCAGACAUUUUGCUCAUAUAUCUUGUCCAUCAUAUUUAUCUGGUUUCACAGUCAAUCAAAAACAUGACACUUCGUCUUGCACGUCAUGUCAACAGGUUGUUCCAGCGUUUGUCCGUAGACCUGGAAGGUCUUUUGCUGCAGUACUUCCUGUAUUUUCCGAACAGAACCCUGCUGUGUUAAACAUAAUUCAUCUAGGAAGUCAUAACAUUAUAUGUAUUUUGUUCCUUGUAGUUGUUCAUGCCAGCGUCUGAAACUACAACUCACCGAUUCACUGGCUGCAUAUUUGCAUGGCAAAGUCGGCUAUCUUGGUCUUACCCAUGAUCAAUUGCAGCGCCUCCCGCAGAGACAAUCAAUAUUGCAAUUGAGAGGGAAUGGGUAGAAGUGGACAGGGGUGAUAUUCCCAGAGUCCUCUGAAUGAACACACAUAGGCGCAGUGUGGACAGGAUGUGGGUCAAAGCAGCUGGUAGAAGUAAUCCUGUGAUGUCAGGAAUGCACCUGGGUCUCCACCAACACUGCACUGUCAAUAACCCAGAGAUCAAAACGUUCCCACCAUGCUGUUAGUUUACAAAAGACGAAAAAAAAAGGAGCAGAGUCCCUUGCGCCUUCCUCUGUCAGCGUCGCCUUCAGUCAACACACCUGAAAGGAAAAUGAAGACAUUGCCUUCAAAGAAUCUCAGUAAAGAAUAACAAUAUUCUCCUUGUUCAUCCAUGUGAACAACCUCCCAAAGCUCUUUGCUUAGACUUGAAACUGCUCAAUUUUUAGCUAGAUAGUUGGAAGAUAUUUUUGCCCUCAAACCCACGGCCCCCCACUUUUAAUCAUCGCACCUAAAGAUUGAGAGCAACUUUGGGAGUUAAAUGAUUUUCACCAUCACACAUUUCAUGUGCUUCUUCAUUGGUUUUAUUCUGAAAAGUGCUAUUUUUUUAAAACUGAAUUGAAUUUUACUCAUAAAUUGCAUUCUUGUAGUAGUCAGUUUGUGAUUGCAAAACAGCUACAAUUUAAAAAAAAAAAAAAAAAGACAAAAUGACUGGCGUUGCGUUUAAAACGCCAAGGUGCAGUCGACCUUGACGGCUUCUAUUUUGUUGUGUUCACCUUGAUUCUUAGAGAUCUUUAGAAGCCCAAACUUUUAACUCAAUUCAUCCGCAGCCGCAGUCCCCUGUCUCUGUUGUUUUACUGUGCUGUUUGGUUCAUUCACAAUCCAGGCACUCACUUUCAAAAAGCUUUUCUUUUCUUCUUUAACUUUGCAACGACCUUAAUCCACUGUAUUACCUGUGAGUUGCAAGUACACUGUGAAAACUCAACCAUCUGCAUUGGACAUAGGGCACAGGGCAUACGAUUGAGCACUACUAUGUUUGUGCAAAGUAUUCAAUAGGAACAAUACUUUUCCAGCAGUUAAUGUGCAGGUUCAUAGGAGUAUCUGUACCCAUAUAGGUUUAUGAUGUUCAGUGCCGUAUUUUACUUCAGUUGCUUAAAUGACAUUUAGUGCAAACAGAAGCACAAAGAGGAGAAUAUACACCUACACAACACAUAGUAGGUAAAACGUAGCCUUUCCCAAUCUGUGUUCCUUGUUCAAAAUGACAAAAAAAAACCUUUGUUAUCUGCAUUUGUUCUUGAUCCCUAAAGUUUACAUUUUGGUAGUUGAUAAAGAUUUGCACAUUUAGGAAAGAAAAUUGCUGUUCUACAAUGCUAAUAUUGGUAGUGAUAGAGAGAGAACGAGAGAGUGAGCGAGCGAGAGAGCAAGAGACAGAGCGAGUGUGACCCAAACUGCCAAUCUCUAUGAUCCUCAAAGGAAAAAAAAAAUGUCUUAAAACUAAAACGCAGUGGCUCUUCAAAAUAAAGGCAGUAUUAAAAAAAGAAACUGUUAUUUACCUCAAGCUCAGGUAAUGAUGAGUUUGAGUCUUUAAAAAAAAACAAAACAACAACAGCGAGAGAGAGAAGAAACAGUUGGGGUGUUUUUCUGUGUGUUCACUCGGUGUGUUCUCACAGACUGGUCGGGACUAUGGUCAGACGUCAAAUCAGACGACCCCACUGUUGACAGAAUGUUAGCUGGGUAGCUGGCCCUUCCCUAACCCCGCAUACGAAGCCCUGACAGGAUGUUUUGUUCGAAGCCCGUCGUCCCCGUGACUCCUCCAAACUCUCUCCUCUUACGUUUCAUGCAGAGCAUGAUUUCUCUGGCUCGUCAGGGAGUAGGAACCAUCUCACAAUGCUCAGAACAGCAACCUGUUUUCAAUGCUGUCUUAAACAAGAGAAGUGCCUUGUGUAUGAAUGAUUCUUUUGUAAGAACAAGUUGAUGUAAAUGUUAAUUUACCUCAAAUGUUUACAAAACUGUUACUAAAUAAAUUUUUUGUACCAUA